AGCCGUCGGUGGUCUUUAUAUUCGUUAGAUACAAAAAAUUGUAUCUACUAUUUUCUCUCUUUCAACGGGCGAGUUUUUAUUUUCUAUGUAUAAACCCCCUUCUAUCAAUCUCUUAACAAAUUAGGUUUACAUAUGAGCGCUUCAUCUCAAUUAAUAGGUUGUUGAUUUUGGAUGACGGUUGGUCUUUAAUGGAUGAGCUUAAGUUAGAGGAGUGUUGUUUGGAGAAUAAACAAUCUGCGGCGGUGUCUAGCUCUUCGGUUUCGGAGACUAGUGAGAGUAUUAACAUUAAGUCGCCUGGGGUUUGUAGUCCAACGCCUGACUCAUCCGUAGCUCAAAGGCGUAUCAGUGGACCAAUUCGUCGAGCGAAGGGGGGAUGGACUCCAGAGGAGGAUGAUACAUUGAAGAGAGCUGUCACAAUUUAUAAAGGGAAGUGCUGGAAGAAAAUAGCGGAAUUUUUUCCGGAUCGAUCAGAAGUGCAGUGUCUACAUCGGUGGCAAAAGGUUCUCAAUCCUGAUUUAAUUAAAGGACCUUGGACUCAAGAGGAGGAUGUGAAAAUUACUGAACUCGUAGCAAAAUACGGACCUACGAAGUGGUCACUUAUUGCAAAAUCUCUGCCUGGCCGCAUAGGGAAACAAUGUCGUGAGAGAUGGCACAAUCACUUGAAUCCAUAUAUAAAAAAGGAUGCUUGGACAUUGGAGGAAGAAUUAGCCCUUAUGAAUGCCCAUCGAUUAUAUGGGAACAAAUGGGCUGAAAUAGCUAAGGUUCUACCUGGAAGGACCGACAAUGCAAUCAAGAAUCACUGGAAUAGUUCUUUGAAAAAGAAGUUAGAGUUUUAUCUAGCUACUGGAAACCUUCCGCCGGCUGCUAAAAAUGUCCUUCAAACUAGUGCCAAGGACUCGUAUCUUGCAACAUCUACUGGGAAAGUAGUCUGUUCUAAUAAUGUAGGGUCAGAGUCAACUAUGCAAACUUCAUCAGGAACCACAGAAGUAUGCAAAAUUGAAGAAGAUGGCAACCAGUUAGGAUUAAUGACAUCAUCUCAUGACAUGGGGGUUUCUUUAGGUUUCCUCCAUAAUGAACCUACUGUGUCUGAUCUUGCCAAGUCCAAGCCACAAUCAUUGAAUAUAGAUGAUAAUCAUGUCUAUUCAGCUUCUGAAAUCGAGAGCAUCAGAACCAAUGGUGUAGACAAAGCAAUUGCAACAUCAUCGCCAUGUAGGAGUCCGGUAUAUGGUUCCUUGUACUAUCAGUCACCGCUGUUAGAGCAUUACCUUGUAUCCAACCCAAACAAUGUGUUAGAGAGGCACCUUGAACCUGAACCAGUAGCAUCGCCUAUGAGUAAUAUCACUCCACCUUCCAUGAAAAGCAGCAGUUUGUAUGGGUUGACCCCAGAAUCCAUUCUUAAAAUGGCUGCUAGGAGCUUUCCAAAUACACCUUCUAUCUUACGAAAAAGAAAAGCGGAAACCCCCAAACAUUCCCCAGCUAAUGAAAGCAGGACGGCGGACAACAGGGCAGUUGAAGGCAGUUCUUUAACUUCCGAUAGAUUGGGGCAAGGUACCAGCUGUCUGAAAGAUGCUCAGUUGCAUGACAAGAUGUUGUUUGAAAGCCCAGCUUCUUCUAUUCCUGUAAACAAUGGCAAGUCAUUUAAUGCUUCACCACCAUAUCGGUUAAGAUCCAAACGUACUUCUAUUUUUAAGAGCGUGGAAAAGCAGCUUGAUUUCACACCAAGCAAGGAGCAGCAAGACAGUGAUGCUAAAUCUAAGGAAAAGCCUGCUGUGAAUGAAGAUUGUUGUCAUACGUCUGACAUUGGUGUGACCUAGAGGUUAAGUGAAGAUGGUGGGAGCACUCUUGCAGGCCGUUUUCUCCUCCUGGUCAAAGGCUAAAGAUCUGCGAUUUAAAGGAGGUGGCUGAUGUAUCCCUAAGCAUUGUCGAAUUGCGUCAGACCCAAAACAUCAAAAAUCUUAAAGAUACAAAGGGUCCUAUUUUUUUUUUUCCCUCAUUGUUAGAUUUUAGGUAAUAAUAGUUCGUUUAAAAUUAUUUCUUCUGAUUGUAAUGUACAGAUAGAAGCUAGAACCCUCUUGACAAGAAGGGGUUUGAUAAAUCUUGCUCUUAAUAGCUAGCACCAUUCAACUUGGAUGUUUACAUUUACAAACACCGAACAUCACAUCAUAAUAAAUCCGGAGUUGUGAUUCCGUUUGAUUUUCCA